UGCAAAGACAAUGGAGUACAUCCACUAUGAAGAUGAAAACAGUCGGUACAUUACCAUCGAAUGUGUCGAGAAGAUUUUAUGCAUGCUUUCUUGUUGGGUGAAAGAUCCUAAUGGUGAUUAUUUUAAGAAGCAUCUUGCUAGAAUCCCAGAUUACAUCUGGGUUGCUGAAGAUGGAAUUAAAAUACAGAGUUUUGGCAGUCAAGAAUGGGACACAGGUUUUUCCAUUCAAGCAAGAUUGGCUUGCAAUAUGCUUGAAGAAACAGGGGAAGUUCUUAGGAAAGGCCAUGAUUUCAUAAAGAAAUCACAGGUGAAGGACAACCCUUCUGGUGAUUUUAAAAAGAUGUUCAGGCACAUUUCUAAAGGAUCUUGGACUUUCUCUGAUCAAGAUCAUGGUUGGCAAGUCUCAGAUUGCACAGCAGAAGGGUUUAAGUGUUGUCUGUUGCUGUCUCAAUUGCCACCUUAAAUUGUUGGUGA